UGGAUUCCUCAUUUAUAAGGAAUGUUAGUAUUUUACAUGCGGGUUGUCAUAGAAAUGGUGCAGAACUAUGGUGUCAGUGGAAGGAGCGAGGAUAGCGGUUGCUGAUUGGUCAGAGGCGGCGUGAGGGACAGGUUACAUGGGUGAGGUGGGAGAAAGGUGCGGCACAGUUCGGGCAGGACUGAGACACAGUGCUGAUUAGAGGAGGCUGUAAACACAAACUCCACACCUUUCCACAGCUCUCCGAUACAGGUAAAACAAAACCAUGGACCCUGAUUAUUUCAAAUCUUACGACAUGUGCUGGGGCACCCUCGGAACAGUGCGACCCUUCUCCAAUUUUAACCCCGACAGAGACGUUCUGGAGAUCCAGGCAGCGCUGGAGAAAAAAGAUGCGGGGACCCUGGUGAGAAUCCUGACCAAUCGGAGCAACGACCAGAGACAAGAGGUCGUCAAAACCUUUCAAGAGAUGACACAGAAGGACCUGGAGGUCGCUCUGAAGAAAGCUCUGUCUGGAGAAGUGGAGACUCUGCUGCUGGACCUGCUGAUGUCACCUCUGGAGUACGAGGUUUACCGCCUGCAACAGGCCAUGGCGGGUUUAGGCACAGAUGAGGAGACACUACUGGAGAUCCUGUGCACACGAUCUGGAAAGCAGCUUCAAGAAAUCAGCGCGGCGUACAAACAAAUUUACAAGAAGGACCUGGAGAAGGAACUGAAGGGAGAAACGAGUGGAGACUUCGCUAAGCUUGUUGUAGCUUUGCUUAAUAAAGAAGAUGUUGCCAGUAGUGUUCAGAGAGACAUCCAGUCUCUGCUCGCAUCACUAAAUGGGAAAAAGGCCGAUGUGGGACCAUGGAUCAACAUCCUGACGUCCAGAGACUCAGACCAUCUUAACAAGGUGUUUAUGGGACUGGAGCUGGAGAGCGGACAGGCGAUGGAGGAGCUUGUGGAGAAGCGAUUCUCUGGAGACCUGCGACUGGGUUUGAAGGUUUUAGUGGAGUGCACUGAGAGCCCUUAUGUCUACCUCGCUAAGAAAAUAGCCACCAUGAAGUCGUCGACAGUUCAGGGGAUCAUGGUGUCUCACUCUGAGGAGGAUCUGCUCUGUAUCCGAACCGCCUUCCUUAAAUUAACAGGCACUUCUCUCUACACUGCGCUACAGAAACAGUUUAAAGGAGAUUACCUACAGGCUCUGCUCGCCAUCUGUCGAUCUGAAGAUUAAACUUGCACCAGAUUUCAUUCUUUCAUAUUGUUCUCUCUUUAUUGCAUUGUAUCAUUCUAUAGUAAUGCAGAAAUACACUUCAUGUUCUUGUACUCCUGUAUCUGAAUUGAUUCCAUGCAUUGUAAUAAAUGACAAAUACAAGCAGA